UAUGAAUAAAAUUCGGAUUCAUAGUGAUGAAUGAAAAAGCCAUUCAGAUUUUAGAACAUGAUGCAUUUUUAUAAACCUCAAAGAAAAGUUUGACUAAACAGUAUCUUUGUGCAUACACAUAUACAAAUGCAGCAAAACACCAUACAAAAGGAGAAAGACAAACACGAAGCUGAGGAUGGCAGAUACCUCUGGUGGGGAAUCAAGGGGAUAAGAUGGGACGGUGAGGAGUGCAUAGGUAGCUGUAACAAUAUUGGUCAUGUUCUAGAUUUUAGAUUGGCGGAUACGUUCAUUUUAGGGUUACAUAGUCUUUGGUAUGUACAUAAUUUACAUAAUUUUUAAAUGGGGGGAGAGAAGAACAAAGGGAGAGAGAGAGAGCCAACUAAAGACCGUGACAGGUCUACCUCAGAGAUAGUACGGGUUUGGUUCCAGACCAUUGCAGUAAAGUGAAUGUUGCAAGCCUCACAAAUUUUUGGUUUCCCAAUGCAAAUAAAAGUUAUGUUUAUAUUAUACUGUAGUCCAUUAAGUGUGCAAUAGCAUUAUGUCUAAAAAUAAGUGUACAUACCUUGACUUAAAAAUACUUUAUUGUUAAAAAAUUGCUAACCAUCCUCUGAGCCUUCAAUGAGCCGUAAUCUUUUUGCUGGUGCAGGGUCUUGCCUGGAUGUUGACGGCUGCUGACUGAUCAGGUCAGUGGCGGCUGAAGGCUGGGGUUGGUGUGGCAAGUUCUUAAAAUACGACAGCAGUGAAGUUUGCCACAUCAAUGGACUCUUCCUUUCAUGAACGAUUUCUCUGUAGCACGCAAUGCUGUUUGAAAGCAUUUUACCCACAGUAGAACUUCGUUCAAAAUUGGAGUCAAUCCUCUCAAAUCCUGCCGCGGCUUUAUCAACUAAGUUUAUGUAAUAUUCUAAGUCCUUUGUUGUCAUUUCAACAAUCUUCAUAGCAUCUUCACCAGUAGAUUCUGUCUCAAGAAACCAUUUUCUUUGCUCAUCCAUAAGAAGCAACUCCUCAUCUGUUAAAGUUUUAUCAUGAGAUUGCAGCAAUUCAGUCACAUCUUCAGGCUCCACUUCUAAUUCUAGUUCUCUUGCUAUUUCCACCACAUCUGCAGUUACUUCCUCCACUGAAGUCUUGAGUCCCUCAAAGUCAUCUAUGAGGGCUGGUAUCAACUUCUUCCAAACUCCUGUUAAUGUUGAUGUUUGGACCUCUUCCCAUGAAUCACGAAUGUUCUUAAUGGCAUCUAGAAUAGUGAAUCCUUUCCAGAAGGUUUUCAAUUUACUUUGCCCAGAUCCAUCAGAAGAAUCACUAUCUAUGGCAGCUAUAGCCUUACGAAAUGUGUUUCUUAAAUAAUACGACUUGAAAGUUGAAAUUACUCCUUGAUCCAUGGGCUGCAGAAUGGACGUUGUGUUAGAAGGCAUGAAAACAACAUUAAUCUCACUGUACAUCUCCAUGAGAGCUCUUGGGUGACCAGGUGCAUUGUCAAUAAGCAGUAGUAUUUUGAAAGGAAUCUUUUUUUCUGAGCAGUAGGUCUCAACAGUGGGCUUAAAAUAUUCAGUAAACCAUGUUGUAAACAGGUGUGCUGUCAUCCAGGCUUUGUGGUUCCAUUUAUAGAGCACAGGCAGUGUAGAUUUAGCAUAAUUUUUAAGGGCUCUAGGAUUUUCAGAGUGGUAAAUGAGCAUUGGCUUCAACUUCAAGUCACCAGCUGCAUUAGCUCCUAACAAGAGAGUCAGCCUGUCCUUUGAAGCUUUGAAGCCAAGCAUUGACUUCUCCUCUCUGGCUAUGAAGGUCCUAGAUGGCAUCUUCUUCCAAUAUAAGGCUGUUUCAUCAACAUUGAAAAUCUGUUGUGUAGUGUAGCCGCCUUCCUUAAUUAUCUGAGCUAGAUCUGGAUAACCUGCUGCAGCUUCUACAUCAGCACCUGCUGCUUCACCUUGCACUUUUACAUUAUGGAGACGGCUUCUUUCCUUAAACCUCAUGAACCAACCCCUGCUAGCUUCAAACUUCUCUUCUGCAGCUUCCGCACCUCUCUCAGCCUUCAUAGAGUUGAAGAGCGUUAGGGCUUUGCUCCGGAUUAGGCUUUGGCUUAAGGGGAUGCUGUGGCUGGUCUGAUCUUCUAUCCAGACCACUAAGACUUUCUCCAUAUCAGCAAUGAGGCUGUUUCGCUUCCUGAUCAUUCGUGUGUUCACUGGAGUAGCGCUGCUAACUUCCUUCAGGAACUUGUCCUUUGCGUUCACAACUUGGCUAACUGUUUGGCGCAAGAGGCCUAGCUUUCGGCCUAUCUCAGCUUUCGACAGGCCCUCCUCACUAAGCUUAAUCAUUUCUAACUUUUGAUUUAAAGUGAGAGACGUGCGACUCUUCCUUUCACUUGAACACGUAGAGGCCAUCGUAGGGUUAAUAAUUUGCCUAUUUUCAAUAUUGUUGCGUCUUAGGGGAUAGGGAGGCCCGAGGAGAGGUACUGAGACACGGAACGCACGUCGGUGGAGCAGUCAGAACGCACACAACAUUUAUCAGUUAAGUUCCCUGCCUUACCUGGGCGCGGCUGUCAGCGCCCCAACACUACAACAGUAACACCAAAGGCCAUCAAUCACAGAUCAGCGUAACCAGUAACGACGGAAAGGUUUGCGAGAAUUACCACAGUGUGACACUCAGACAGGAAGUGAGCAAAGGCUGCUGCAAAAAUUGGUGCCGACAGACUUGCUCCAUGCAGGGUUGCCACAGACCUUCAAUUGGUAAAAAACGCAGUAUCUGUGAAGCGGAAAAAAGCAAAGUGCUGCAAAAUCAUGCACGUACUACUGCUGUCUGCCUUCCUUAAAUUACGUCAGCUUUUGUUUCAUGCACCUGGGGGCUCUGCCGUUGGGACAGGUACUUAUGUUCAAACCCCACCAGAGAAAGUGCAGCUCUUCAGAAAUCCUAUCAAGAAAGACCUUGAAGGCCCCCGCCGACGACCACUCCCACUCCUCCCGAACAGGCUCGGCUUGUCUCCACAGUGGCUCCCGGUCCCUGCGCACAGUGCACCUGGCCUCCCCAGGCGGGCACGACGGCGAGGCGGCUCCGACAGUGCGGGAAGGGACAGACCCCGACAAGACGCCAAAACACGCACCCCAGGGGGACGAGUGGAACCCAGAGCCCACCAAGCUCCAACCCCAGACUGCGCACAGCAUGCUGGGACCGCAGUCCACGACUCCCGCGAGGCACGUCGGGAUUCCAAACGCCUGACUGGGAUUCAUGGGACAGCGGCGCGCUGCACGCUGGGCCUCGUAGUCCCACGACGGACGACCGGCCUCAGCACGUGAUGGGAGGAGUUGUGGGACGUCAGCCCCUGUUGCAUGCCGGGACCAAAAGCGCCUGAUGGGGUUUCUGGGACUCUGGCCUCGCAGUCCUAAGACACCAGCCAGCCCUCAGCGCAUAGAGGGCUGUGGGAACAGAGUGUUGCAUGCCGGGACUUGUAGUUCUCAUAACGCCGGACCUCAGCCGGUGACGGGGGCUGCAGGACAGAGACCCUCGUUGCACGCCGGGAUUCACGGCGCCUUACGGGGAUUCGUGAUACAGAGGGGCGCGUUGCACGCCGGGACUCAGAGUCCCACGAAGUGCAGCCUCAGCGCCUGACGGGGCUUCUGGGUCGGCAGCCCCGCGUUGCAUGCCGACCCGCAGCCCCAGAUGCCGGCGCUUACGGGGUGGAUGGGGCGAAGGAACACUGUUCCCACCGGGCCCAGUCGCAGAAGCGUGGUCCUAGGACGCGCCCAGUUCCCAUGGCCGGCGGAGGACCUCUCGGGCCCCGCAUGGGCGUGUUUACACCCAGGCCCUCAGCGCCUGCGCGCACGCACGCGGUGGCACGUGACGUCGCACGCUGUCCCGGAAGUCGGCGCGGAACGGGCGGCUGGUGGAAGCCGGUGCCGAAGGGAGAAUCGUAGCUCCGCUGCCGCCUCCGCUUGGGCCGGGGUCGCCCGGUUGCCCGCGAUGGGCGCCGGGCUCUGAGCGCCCACCGCCGCUUUUCCACAGCGCCUCCGCCCGGCUGCGAUGGAGGCACCGCCCGGCAGCCGCGUUCCCGCCGAGGGCGCCCAGCCGCCGGCCGUGGCCGAGGUGCGCUGCCCCGGCCCCGGACCGCUGCGCCUGCUCGAGUGGAGGGUGGCGGCUGGCGCGGCCGUACGCAUCGGCUCUGUGCUGGCCGUGUGCGAGGCCGCCGCCUCCGCGCAGCCCACCGGGCCCGCCCCUACCCGCGCCGGCUCCGGGGGCUGCGUGCGCACGGAGCGCAGGCUGAGGUCGGAGCGCGCGGGCGUAGUGCGGGAGCUGUGCGCGCAGCCCGGCCAGGUGGUGGCCCCCGGGGCGGUUCUGGUGCAAUUAGAAGGAUGUAGCCACCCCGUCGUCAUGAAGGGCCUGUGCGCCGAGUGUGGCCAAGACCUGACCCAGCUGCAGAGUCAGAAUGGGAGGCCGCAGGUGCCGCUGUCCACGGCCACCGUGUCAAUGGUGCACAGCGUCCCCGAGCUAAUGGUGAGCUCCGAGCAAGCUGAACAGCUGGGAAGGGAAGACCAGCAGCGACUGCAUCGCAACAGAAAACUAGUGCUCAUGGUGGACUUGGACCAGACCUUGAUCCACACAACGGAGCAGCUCUGCCAGCAGAUGUCCAACAAGGCCCCUCUGGACCCCCAGACGGCAUCCGGGACGCAUGGCAACCCCCGCCCCGCCCGCAGCUCCGGACCCACAGGACACCUGCUGGCGACAGCCCGAGAGGGCAUAUUCCACUUCCAGCUGGGCCGGGGGGAGCCGAUGCUGCACACCCGUCUGCGCCCGCACUGCAAGGGGUUCCUGGAGAAGAUCGCCAAGCUGUACGAGCUUCACGUCUUCACGUUCGGCAGCCGGCUGUACGCGCACACGAUCGCAGGCUUCUUAGAUCCUGAGAAGAAGCUUUUUUCUCAUCGAAUAUUAUCGAGGGACGAAUGUAUUGACCCGUUUUCCAAAACGGGGAACCUUAGAAAUCUUUUUCCUUGUGGAGACUCCAUGGUUUGCAUUAUCGAUGACCGAGAAGACGUGUGGAAGUUUGCCCCCAACCUGAUAACUGUGAAGAAAUACGUGUACUUCCAGGGCAUAGGUGACAUCAAUGCCCCGUCCGGGUCCCGGGAGCCCCAGGCGAGGAGGAGAGUCAGUGCUUCUCCUAAAGGUGCCGAUGCCACGGAGCAGCCUCCGUCCGUCAAGGAUCCCGAGGAAGGAAGGCAGGUGUCUGGGGUCGAGCAGAGCAACGGCCUCGGGAAGCCCACGAGGGAGCUCAACGGGGGCGCGGGCCCUCGUGGGGGCUGGCCCUGUCCCGGGCAGGAGGAGGAGAGGGGCGCCCGGCCCGCCGCCCGCACCCCCUCGGCUGACGGCCGGGGGCCCCUGGCGGGCACCCAGCAACACGGGCGGACGCCGCCGGAGAAGAGGCCCGUGCGGGGUCCGGUGGGCCCUGACCCGGACCCGGAUGUCCCCGGUGACAGCGCGAGCAGCAGCGAGUCCGAGGGCCGGCCGUCCCCCAUCCCCUCUGAUGGGGAGAGUGGGGAGAAGAAGACCCGGAGAAAGCCUCCGGCCACCCGCCACGCUGGGGACGUUGCGGCACAGGGCGGCCCCCCGGGCGCCAGUCCCUGCGUGGAGCCCGGGCCCGGCGUCCAGGCGGCCGUGCAGGGGGAGGGCGAGCGGGACGGCCUCUGCGGGCUGGGCGGCGGCUGUGCCGACAGGAGGGAGGCCGAGACGGAGUCCCAGAACAGCGAGCAGUCGGGCAUCACGGUGGGCGAGUCCCUGGACCAGAGCGCGGAGGAGGAGGAGGAGGAGGAGGAGGACGCCGACGCCGACGACCACCUGGUCCACCUGGAGGAGAUCCUCGCCCGCGUGCACUCCGCCUACUAUGCCAGGUACGACCGCUUUCUGCGCGGGGAGACCCAGGAGGCGCCCGACAUCCGCAAGAUUGUCCCCGAGCUGCGCAGCAGGGUGCUGGCCGACGUCGCCAUCAUCUUCAGCGGGCUGCACCCCACGAACUUCCCCAUCGAGAAGACACGGGAGCACUACCACGCCACGGCCCUGGGGGCCAGGAUCCUCACCCAGCUGGUGCUGGACCCCGACAACCCCGACCGGGCCACCCACCUGGUAGCCGCGCGGGCCGGGCCCCUGCUGUUCCCGCCGCCCCAAGCCCUGACGACAGACCAGUGGCCCACGGCGGCUCCGAGCAGAGUGCGUGUGCCCGCAGGCACGGAGAAGGUGCGCCAGGCCCAGGAUUGCGGGCAGCUGCAUGUGGUCAACCCCGACUGGCUGUGGAGCUGCCUGGAGCGCUGGGACAAGGUGGAGGAGCGGCUCUUCCCGCUGCGUGGUGACCAGGCCAAGUCCCAGAGGGAGGACGGCCCGGCCGCCUUUCCCGACAGGCAGGGCCUGCUUCCGACCACCCUGUUUCAUCCAACACCUGUGCAUCCCAAGGCCCCGCCUGGCCCUGAAGUUCGGAUCUACGACGCCAGCACGGGCAAGCUCAUCCGAAAGGGCGCUGCGGGCCCCGGGCCCCCCGGCUCCCUGCCGGUGCACGCGGAGCUCUCCUCCUUCAGAGCGGUUCAGCCACAUCACCAGCAGACGUUUGGUGAAGACUUGCCGGCUAAUCAAGGUGGAGAGCAGCCUGGUCCUUCGGGAAGGAAGCGCCAGCCCAGCAUGUCGGAGACCAUGCCACUGUACACGCUGUGCAAGGAGGACUUAGAGAGUAUGGACAGAGAGGGGCCACAAGAGGAAGCUGAACGAAGAGGACGCGGCCAGCCAGUCCAGCGGCGCGUCCAGCUGCGAGGACGAGGAGGGGGGCAGCUCGGAGGCGGACGAGAUGGCGGCCGCGCUGGAGGCCGAGCUCGGCGACCUCAUGUGACCGCGGGGCGGGCUCUCGACUCACCUCCGUCCCGGGGGCUGCCCUCGGGGGGCUGCCUGUCCUCCAGAGGGACAUGUCUGUUUGCAGAGCUCCACCUGCAGAAACACAUUGUUUUGCAGAAAUAGCUGUUUUUAUAAGUUUCUCUACAAGAAAGCCUACUUGUUAAGGACAGCGGAGCAGGGAACGCGGCCAUGCCAAAGAUCCUGGGUGAGCCCAGCAGAGCCGCACAGCAGGACUGGAGUUUGCGGCUUGUUAUCAGGAAGGGGGGUGGGGUGGGGAGGUGUUUUUCCUUUAAAUACCGCAGCAUAUUACUUAGGGUGAAGGCUGGGCAUCCGACCAGACAGAGGGGUGAUGCAGCAGGAACCCAGCAUCUUCCUGCUCUUUCACAACUGAAGCUACCAGAACAUGCACAGGUUUCAAGUGAGGCCGCGCAUCGGCGUGUGACGAGGACAGGCCUGGGGCCCCCAGCUGCCCCCGGGGCCCUGCAGCUCCCACGGGCGCCGGGACAAAGGGCCCUGCGCUCGCGGGCAGCCUUUGGCUCCUUUGCGAGAUCGGAUGUAAAGUUUUGUAUAUCUAUUUCAUACGUGACCCACCAAACAAGAUUUUUCUUUCAUUUAAUAAAAGUCCCUUU